AUGUAUAAAUGAAAUAAUACAGUUUAGUUUGUGUGUUAAAAUUAAAAAAGUUGUGUUGACAAAAUUAGAAAAAGUAAUAUUUCAAAUUUACACAGCUUACUUAAGUGAAAUGAAUGAAACUGAGUUGUGUUACUUCUGCAGUACCGCUCUUUGGUCACCAGGUGGAGUAAUAUCUGCACAUGCGCAGAUGGGAAGCACACUCAACGAUCACGCUUCAGCUCUCUAUUAGAUCAGCGCCAUUUUAUGAGAAGCAAAACAGAGUAAUUUCACGGUGCGAGGAAUGCAACAGAAGUUUUUAUUUAUGUGGAAACACAGAGUUUUGGAGUUCUGCCUUUAGAGUCCCAUAUGUGGCUGUGCAGAGAUUGUGGAUCUUCUCACACAUCCAGAUCAAAGCUUUUAAAACACUUCAGUUCUGUGCAAAACGGAAGACGUGAAGACAUACGGAUUUGAGAAAAUCUUGCGACCACUUUUGCAUGAUCUCCAAACUCUGGAACAGCAAGCUUCUCGUGCAAAUUCUCAGACCACUGAAGUGAAGGCAGGUGAAUUUACACGUCGGACUGCAGAAGAACACCAAGGACAUGUGAAACUUGCAACAGAAAAAAAGAAAAGUUUAACAUGAUGGGCACCCCAGCCAAACUUCUAGUGAUCUUAGGAGAAAGUAAUUGUGAAAGGUUAAAUCUCCCAGCUGGUAUUCCAGACUCAUUGAAUGACCUUAAAAGAGAAAUCCAGACCCAAUUGAGAGUCCUUGAAGAUUUUCGACUUCAAUUCAAAGAUCCUGAUUUUAAUGAUUUUGUCAACCUCAGUUCAACUUCAGACAUACAGGACAAAGCUACACUCAAGGUCAUUUUUUUGACUUCAUCUACAAGUAUCCCUACUUCUUCAUCUGAAAUAAAUGAGACCUCUUCAGUAUCAUCCUGUGAUACAGACCUAAUCUCAUCCCCACAGUCAUCUGUACUGUCAACUCCAGAAUCUGUGUCCUCCGUUAGAAGUCAGGCAUGGCCUGAAAGUUUUCCAAUACCACAGUUUAGUUUUGAUGCAGAGAUGCAACUGCAAAAAGCACAACUUGCUUAUCAAACUGAUGGUACUGUCCUGAGCCCCAAUGCCAAGCUAAAGUCUGACAUUUUGGAUGCUUUAGCCUCAGAAAUAAUAAAGUUCAAGGCAUACCCUUCAAGUGCAGAUCUUGAUGAUGUAGCUUCUGCUUUGGUACGCAAGCACCCAUGCCUCAAAGAAAAAGGCUCUGCGAGUGGCUACUAUGGCUGGAAAAUCAGUUUGAAAUAUAAGAUGGCAAAUUACAGGACAAAAUUGAGAAACAUAGGAUGUUCUGAGCUAAACAUCAACUCCCAUAAGCGAAAAGGAUCCAUGGGAAGCCCAAACCAAGUGAAGAAACCCAGAAAAGCUGAGGUAAAUUACUGUCCAGAUUACCCACUGGGUGAAACAAAAGAUACCCUUGGAAAGCAAAGGAUUACCCUACUGUCCGAGGUAACUAAAAAAAACAAUGAGCAAGUUAUCAAGGUGCUGAUGGACCAAACAUUUGCACUCCGAAGGCAUGAGGUGGUUGAAGAUUUGCCUUUCAUUGUUGAAUUUAAAAACAGAUGGCCAGCACUCUUUACUGAGCGAGAGGUAUCUGCAGAAUUUAGCCGGAUCACAACAAUCCCUUUGGUGUCCAAAUUUAUGGGCCAGCUUGAUAAUUUCUCAACACAGCUCCUCAACAUUGUCAAAAAAAAAAGGAGGAGCAGCGUCACAGAAGAUCACAAACAUCCUGUCAGUUAUGGAUCAGAAUGUCACCAUUGAAAAAAAAAAGGGAAUGCAUCCUGAAAGCCCUUGCUGUCUAUCUAAAUGAAGAUCCCUCAAACCUUGUGAAGGAGUAUAUGGAUGUUGAACAUGACGAUGCCCUAAUCUCAAUGCGCAACACCACCCUGGGAAUCUAUGCAAUUGUACAUGAAGGGGCAGAUGCUACAGACCCUUAUGAAGACGUUGGGAUCAUAAUUGAAGGCAUCCAUAUACUUCAAAAUCUGAAAAAUGUGCCAAAUGCGUGUUCUGUGUUGCUUGGUGUAAUUUACGCAUUAAACUUGGCUUACCCUCAAGAUCUAAGAUACACUUUUGAAGUAUUUCAAAAGAUUUUUAUGGAGCUAGAUGCAAACAAGCUGUCAAACAAGGUCCAGGUCCUGAAAAAUAAACUCCUUACAUAAAGACUGUAGCUUAAAGUCUGAAAAGAGCCCAAAGAUGUUUAAUAAGAGGCUGAACUUGUGUUUUCUCCAUAGUGUUGCACUGUUGGCUACUGCAGUACAUUUGUUUCAGUAUUGCCCAUGUUAUAUUCCUUUAAAAUUUGUCUUGCUUUGAAUAACAUGCAUUUUUUCAGUUUCAAGGAGGCACAUAUUACAAAUGAAGACUGCCAUUUUUUUUUCCUAAGUGUAAUACUUGCAUGUGAGCAUUUUGUAAAUCCUUUUGAUGGCAGCAUACUUUUUAUUUUUACUUAUUUUCUUGUAUUAAGUGAAGAACUUUGAUUUAUA